AUGGCUUUUGCCGAAUGGAUGGCUAGCAACAGCUCUCCGGAUUAUAAGGCUCUUUAUCUGAGGGCGGAGGAAGAGCGCGAAAGGGAGAGGGAGGAACGGCGGCGGGCAGAAGAAGAGCGAGAACGAGAAAAGGAAGAACGAAGGCGGGCAGAGGAGAAUCAAAAGAAGGCCGAGGAAGAGCGGGACCAAGGAAGAGAACGAACACGGCCAACAACCUUUCUCGAACUCCUUCAUCUGUGCCACACCCUUUUCUCGCUGCAGCUACGAGCUGAAACCCCGUCUCGCUCUACGACUGGGAAAAUCCUCCCCCCCAACCGGGAAAUAUUACAACAGGAGAUUUACCGCUCUGUUUGCGCCUAUCUGGCGCCUCCAGAUGAGACUGCUGCACAGCUAUUCUCGCCCCGCCUUGUGCUGGAGGAUCUGGGGCAAAGGUUUGGUGAAAGAGCCAUAAGUAGUGAACAGGAUCUGGAAAGCUAUGAACGAUUUGGUGUGGAGAACUAUGUUCAUGACAUCCUCACAAAACUCUGCAAGAACCCUGCUGCCCGAGAGGAAUUUGGCCUGGGCGAUGGAGUCAAGUUUGACAAUCAUGCAAAUGCCCUCGAUCCAACUGAGACUGACCCACCCCUACCGACUACGUACCGGCGUUCUAGACAGAUCAAUUUUGUAUACGCCGGAUUGACGGUGAGAGAAAUACCCUUCUUACCACAGUCGAGUAUAAGCCGCCUCAUAAGCUGUCCGUCGAGAACCUUCGCGCAGGAUUGCGAGACAUGA